GUUUCAUUCGAAAGUCAGUUGUAUUCUUAACUUCUGUUCAUUCAUAUGUUAACGCAUUACAAUGUUUUUGAAGCAUUUAAUUAUUAUAUUGCCAAUAAUAUGUGUGAGCUAUGUGAUGGCUCAUACAGAAGAUGUGUAUACAAGUAUUUUUGCUCAGAUAGAAAAUCUUAAAAAAUCUAUUGAAAUGUUAAAAUUACAAGAGAAUUCAGUGAGUGAAAUAAAUUCUUGCAGUGUAGUUAAACAAUCAAUAGAUGAUAUAAAUACUCGACUAGAUACUCUAAUAAAUGCAAGCAAACAGGACGAUAAUAACUGUAACCACAUUAAGGAUGAAGUGGAUAAACAAUCAAAAGCAGAAAAUGACGAGGAAAGGUUUAUAAAGAAGACAUUAUUUGAUAUUCGCUUUGAUAAGCUGCCGGAAUCUAAAAAGAAACAUUGCAAAGAGGACCAUGAACCUAAGGAUUGCGAAUCGGCUACUAAAUGCACUCAAAAAAGUGGAUAUUAUAAAAUAUCUUUAUCAGAAGAGAAAAAAGUUAUGGUUUUUUGUGAUAUGAAUAUUACUGGCGGCUCUUGGAUGCACAUUUUAAGACGAAUAGAUGGUUCACUAGAUUUUGAAAGAAAUUGGUCCACUUAUCUAGAGGGAUUUGGCAACGUUAAGUCAGAGUAUUGGAUUGGUCUUCAAAAUCUUUAUGCUCUUACUAACAAUAAUGGUCGACAGCAAUUAUAUGUUCAUUUGGAAGAUUUUGAAGGAGAGACAUAUUAUGCUCUAUAUGAUAAUUUUGUAGUAGGUAGGGCCAAUGAAAGAUUUAAGUUAAUAUCUCUAGGAAAUUAUAGUGGCACUGCUAUCGAUGGAAUGUCAUAUAGUGUGGGUGCUAAAUUUUACACACUUGAAGACGACAGAGAAAUUGAUGGUUUUGCUUGUGAUACAGAUGGUGGCGGUUGGUGGUAUAAAAAAUGCUCAAAUUCGUCACCUACUAAAUCAUAUUUUGACAAAUCUUCAGACAAUGUUGGUAUCAUAUGGGGAGUAAAUGAAAAUCAACAACCAUAUUUUUUUAAAACAAUUUAUUUUAUGAUACGGAAUUUUUGAAUAUGUUCGAUGUUAAAUAAUAUGAAAAUAUUUCAUGUACGAUUUUGAGAACUUUUUUAAAUGUAAAUACUUUUUGAAUCUUUUCAUAUGUAUAUGUAUGUAUAAAUAAAGAAAUUAAAUUACUGUA